UUAUAAGGCCACUAGCAGCAGCUACAAUGUUCUUCUGUGUUAAAUUCCCGUGUCUCUGCUUCUUAGCUGAAUUCUUCUUUACAAGUUACUUCCCUUUGGAUAAACCAAAUGCUGUUUUUCAUUAUCUGAAUGAGUAGAAGCUCUGGAGUGGAGAAAAGGCAGAGCAAAGAAGAGAGAAAACUGCUGAACAUAAACGGAGGCUGCUGAGUCAGUACAAAAGAAAAAGAGGAAAACUGUUGAGCAUAAACAGAGGUUGCUGAGUCAAUACAAGAGAGAGAGGGGGAGAGAAAAGAAAGCUAAAGCGCUGUUGUUUCGUAAAUCUUUUUUUUGCACUAUUUUAUAUUUGGCGCCGAUAGAGACGAGUGAAAAUGCAAGGAAUGGAUUUUGAAGACAAGGCAUCCAAAACUUAUUGCAUGAAAAAGAAGCACGUGAUCAUCAUCUGUGGUGUGGUUGUUGCUGUAGGCCUAAUCUUGGGCCUGGGUCUGGGCCUGGGAUUAAAACCACCAGAGUGCAGUGUUUCAGAAGACAAUGGGCAAACAACAACAAAAGCACCCACAGUCCCUACGCCAGGGGAUACGGAUCCUUGUCCUGCACAAAAUGAUGAUAACAGUGGAAACUGGACAAAUUUCAAACUGUCUCCCUAUGUUUCUCCCAACCAUUAUGAUUUGGAGCUGAAACCUGACAUGGGAGCAGAUCAGUAUGAUGGAACUGUCAAAAUCUCCAUCACGCUGAAGAGCUACCCCACCAAACACAUUUGGCUUCAUAUCAGAGAGACAAAGAUCACAGAAAUGCCCCUGCUCCAGACAUCUUCAGGUCAAUCCAUUCCUCUAAAGCGUUGUUUUGAAUACAAUCCACAGGAAUAUGUGGUGAUAGAAGCAGAAGAAGACCUAUCUCCUAACCUUUAUUUCCUGACUAUGAAGUUCCGAGGACAUCUGAAUGGCUCCCUGGUUGGAUUCUAUAGAACAACUUAUGUGGAGAAUGGAAUAACCAAGAGCAUAGCUGCCACUGAUCAUGAACCAACUGAUGCUCGGAAAUCAUUUCCCUGUUUUGAUGAACCUAACAAAAAGGCAACUUAUACUAUCUCUAUCAUCCAUGAGAAAUCAUAUCAAGCUCUGUCAAACAUGCCACAGGAGAAAAAUAUUUCACUGGAUGAUAAUUGGAUGCGGACAACAUUCCAAAAAUCUGUCCCAAUGAGCACUUACUUGGUGUGUUGGGCUGUGCACCAGUUUAGUUUUACAGAAAGAUAUUCCUCCCGAGGAAUUCCUCUUCGCAUUUAUGCCCAGCCUCAACAGAUACAUACAGCUGAAUAUGCAGCAAAUGUAACUGAAGCGGUAUUUAAUUUCUUUGAAGAUUACUUCAAUAUGAGCUAUUCUCUUCCCAAACUAGAUAAAAUAGCCAUUCCAGAUUUUGGCACUGGAGCCAUGGAGAACUGGGGGCUGAUCACUUACAGAGAAACCAAUCUACUUUAUGAUCCUCAAGAAUCUGCUGCUUCUAACAAGCAAAGAGUAGCAGCUGUGGUUGCCCAUGAACUUGUUCACCAGUGGUUUGGAAACAUUGUAACCAUGGAUUGGUGGGAAGACCUUUGGCUAAAUGAAGGAUUUGCCAGCUUCUUUGAGUUUCUGGGUGUAAAUGCUGCAGAAAAAGAUUGGCAAAUGUUGGACCAAAUACUAAUUGAUGAUGUGUUCCCUGUGCUCAAAGAUGACUCCUUGCUUUCUUCUCAUCCUAUUGUCGUCAGUGUUUCUUCCCCGGAUGAAAUAACCUCUGUGUUUGAUGGUAUAUCCUACAGCAAAGGAGCAUCAAUACUUAGAAUGCUUGAAGACUGGAUUUCACCAGAAAAAUUCCAAUCUGGAUGUCAGAAAUAUUUGAGAGACAAUGUAUUUGGAAAUGCAAGAACAAGUCAGUUCUGGAAAGCAAUGGAAGAGGCAAGUGGUCAACCAGUUGAAGAAGUGAUGGACACCUGGACAAGGCAGAUGGGAUACCCUGUGCUGAGCAUGCAUUCAAACUUAACACUCACACAGAAGCGUUUCCUGCUAGAUCCCAAAGCAGAUCCUUCCCAGCCAUCUUCUGACUUUAAUUACAGAUGGAAUAUUCCAGUGAAAUGGUACGAGGGAAAUACAACCGACACAAUAUUCUACAGUAAAUCAGAACCUGCAGGUAUUACAAUUACACGGCCCAGCAAUCCUCCCCCCAAUUCUUUCUUGAAAGUGAAUAAAAAUCAUGUUGGUUUUUAUCGUGUCAACUAUGAAACACAAGCUUGGGAUGAUCUGGCUAAUAUCAUGAUGAACAACCACCAGGAUUUUAGUCAAGGUGAUCGUGCUGGCUUUCUUGAAGAUGCUUUUGCAUUGGCCAGAGCCAGACUUCUCAGUUAUUCUUAUGCCUUAAAUCUUACGAGAUAUCUUAAAAAUGAAACGGAAUACAUACCAUGGCAAAGAGCUAUCGUGUCUGUAUCUUAUCUUGGAGACAUGCUUGAAGAUGAUGACACACUCUAUCCCAAAUUUCAGGAAUAUUUCCGUAGCCUGGUCAAGCCCAUUGCAGAUCAACUAGGAUGGAAGAAUGAUGGAGAUCACAUUAAUAGUCUCCUACGUACAACAGUUCUAGAGUUUGCAUGUGCCAUGAAUGAUCCAGAGGCUUUGGGUAAUGCAUCUCGUUUAUUUGACGAAUGGCUAAAAGGAGCAAGCCUAGAUGUGAAUCUCCGACUCUUGGUUUACCGCUUUGGGAUGCAACACUCUGGCAGUGAGCAAGCCUGGGAAUAUAUGUUUGAGAAGUAUCUAAACACACCAUUGGCCCAAGAAAAGGAGAAGUUGCUAUAUGGCCUGGCAUCAGUGAAAAACAUCGCCCUGCUGGACAGAUUUUUAAAGUGCAUCUACAACACAACUCUCAUUAAAAGUCAAGAUGUGUUCAAUGUUUUGCGGUACAUCUCCUUAAAUAGUUAUGGAAAAACCAUGGUUUGGGACUGGGUACGCCUCAACUGGGAAUAUUUAGUCAGCAGAUACACGCUCAAUGACAGGAACCUUGGGCGCCUACCAUCAAGAAUAACAGGAACUUUCAACACAGAGCUCCAGUUUUGGCAGAUGGGGAAGCAUCCAGAGAAAAGGACUCCCGUCUGCAAAACUCUGAAGAGCAAUAUUGAGUGGCUCAAGCAACACCGAGAAGAGUUAGCAGUAUGGUUUGGGAGUUAAAACAAAUCCAGCUCUGCAUAAUAAGAUGCACUUCUUUUUAUCUUAUAUAAACUCUCAGGACUCUUAUUUUCAAACUGCAACAAAACAUGAGAAUUUGUAGAAAUAUUACUUUCAAAUUCUGGUAAAUCUAUCAUUAUCAUGAUACAUUAAUUUAUUGUACUGUCAUCUUCAGACUUGCCAGCAGGCAAUUCUAGAUCCUGUCUUGUCUAUUAAUACAUAUGUUCUCAUUUUUUAGUGAAAAAUUAUUAUUUUUAUCACAUGGGUAAUUAUAAUAUCUCAAUCAUCAUCAGCAUCACUGGGGUGUG